AUGGAGACAACGGGCACUAAGAGGCUAUAUUCCAAGCUUUCUGGGAGCUCUGUUUGUAGCGACGCGUCUGCCGAGCCUGUAAUAGAGAUAGAUGCGGGUAAUGAUGUGGAGGCAGAUCGUAUUUCCAAAAUUUUAGCUAUCGAACAUGCUUCCUCGUGCGAUCAAAGCGGCGAAGACGACACAGACAAAAUUGAGACAAACUCGGUAAAACUUGACAGAGAAUGGUGGCAAGCUUUUCAAUCGCCGAGAUCACAACCAAUGGGCCCUGUUUGCAAAAGCCCGGAGAAUGGACACCCUGUUUCUGAAGAAUCGUACAAUCUUUUGAAAUCGUGGUACGGAGAAGAGGCGCUUGUUACCAUACCCAUCAGUGUUGUGGCAAGCAACGAGACCCUCGAAGAUCGUACUCUUCGAGCAACAGAUUUGAUUGGGAAAGCAGUUGAUGGAAUUGAAGGUGAUUUAUGGGUUGCCAAGGCCUGGAAGCCCGUCAUUUCUGCAGUGGAGUUUGGACGUCUAAGCGUACGCUCCGUUAACCGUGACUCUGCGGCUGGUGACAUCAAUCUGUCUAAUGGUGAUCGUUUGAUUGUCGAGCCGUAUGAUGCUUUCAAGACGGGGACAAUGGGUUUGACAAACUUAGGAAAUUCCUGCUAUAUGAACUCCUCUUUGCAAUGCUUGGUGCAUGUGAAAGAACUAGCUGCUUUCUUUGUAUCUGGCAAAUACCGGAAAGAUAUCAAUAAAACGAAUCCAAUCGGAUAUGGAGGAAACGUUGCUGAAGCUUUUGCACAACUAGUCCGCCACCUUUAUUGCGACCGUCUUGGUGCAUUUUCGCCAACCGCUUUCAAAUCAACAAUUGGCCGAUAUAACAGGGCAUUCGCUGGUUAUAUCCAGCAAGACUCUCAAGAGUUCACUGCAUUUUUACUCGAUAGCUUACAUGAAGACCUGAAUCGCGUAGUCGACAAACCGCAAACAGAGAAACCCGAACUUCCUGAUGAUAAACUAGCCGAUCCAGCAGCAGUCAAAGAGCUGGCAGAUCAAUGCUGGGACCUGCAUCGCAAACGAAACGAUUCUGUUAUUCUGGAUUUGUUCACUGGCCUUUACAAAUCAACAGUCGUUUGCCCAGAAUGUGGUAAAGUAUCUGUCACUUUCGAUCCCUUUUCCGAUCUGACUCUUCCUCUUCCAUCAUCUAAUAUCUGGGUCCAUAAAGUUACUUUUGUACCUUUGUCAGGCCCCGUGAAACAAACAGAGGUUGCCUUGGAUCCCUUUGACAGCAUUGCAAAACUCAAAACACAGGUCGCGGGGCUUGUUGGCGUGAAAGCCUCAAAGAUUUUGGUUGGAGAUAUAUACGAUUCACAAUUUUACAACUUUCAUGAUGACAAUGGUAUUGUGAGUGACACUAUCAAUGCAUCUGAUGAUGUUGUUUUGUACGAAGUCGAAGGUGAACUCCCCAUCGCUGUAUACAGCCGUUCUUUACGGUCUUUUGGGCUCCCAUUUUUAAUUAUGACGACAGGUGAUGAGACGGUAGAACAGCUACGAUGUUUAGUGGAUACGAGGUUCAAGCAGUUUACAGGUAAAGAACCUCUCAACUGCAAAUUAAGUAAACGACCGGGUGGUGAUCGUGUUCUUGAAUCUACUUUUGUUUCCUCUUUUUAUAAUCUUCAGUCUCUGGAUGACCAAAGAGAGCCAGAUCUUCCAGAGUCUCUAGAGUCAAUGAAAGAUGCUCAAGAGAACAUUGAAGAUGUCGAGAUGUCUUCAGCAUCUUCGGUCUCGUCAUUGUCGGGGCCUGUUUCCUCUCCUGAGGAAUCAUUCGUCAGUAUCAAGAAUACGAACAAUAUAAUUGAGACUACGUCACUACAAGGAUCAGCUGAGAAGGGGCCAAUUUUGAAUGCAGGAGAUAUUUUAAUUGCUCAAUUCGAGGAUGAGUUUGAUUUCUUGGACCCAGAACAAAUUGAGAACGAGCUUGCUACUGCCGCGCAGUCCCGCAAAGUCAAAGAAACCACUCUUGAAGAUUGCCUGGAUGCCUUCGAAAAGCCUGAAGUUCUCGGCGAGAAUGAUUUCUGGUAUUGCAGUAAUUGCAAAGAGCUUCGUCAAGCAACCAAGCAGAUUGAGCUUUGGACAGCACCUGAUAUUUUAACCAUUCAUCUCAAACGGUUCAGCAGUUUCCAAAGCUUUAGAGAUAAGAUCAAUGAUAUUGUCACAUUCCCUAUUACAGGGCUUGAUAUGACAUCUCGCGUGCAAGGGUCGGAAGAAAGCUUGAUAUACGAUCUGAUCGCAGUUGAUAACCAUUACGGUGGCCUGGGCGGAGGCCAUUACACGGCCUAUGCGAAGAACGAUAGCGAUGGAAACUGGUACUAUUUCGAUGAUUCCUCGGUGACACCUGCGGAUCCAGAGCAAACGAUUAGUGGUGCGGCAUAUCUACUUUUCUACCGAAAGAGAUCAUCCAAACCAUUGGGACAUCUAAAGCCUUCUCUUUUCGAGGAAGCCCAUCUAGCGGCCACCAGAUCUCGCCAGGAAAGUCGCGACGCCCAGCGCAAACCUCCAGCACUACCCGCACGACCAAUGAGUCCUCAAGAACCCAGCCACCCAAAAAUCCAGGCACUCACACCAGACUCUAACAGUAACCAGGAUCUAGAUUCAGACGAGCUCCCAGGAUGGACAGAUAUCGAUCAGGAUGGUGGGGUCGAGAGUGAUAAAGAACAUUUUGAAGACGCUAAGCUAUCUAUUGAAGAUAAAAGCUCCGAGAAACUCUAA